GGUUUAGUUCCACAACAUAAUGAGGUCCAUCAUCGCCAUAUACUUAUUAUCAGUUCUCGUUCAACAGUUUGACGGAAUUUAUGGUUUGGAAACUAUUACUGUAUGUGAAAACAAUGCCUUGAGUUUGGCUUGCCCAGCUGGAACUCUAAUAAAGGUUGUAUCUACAUUAUAUGGUAGAACUGAUAGCACCACAUGUCCUGGACCAAUACAAACAACUAGUUGUCAGUUAUCUUCUUCUUUAUCAACAAUUCAAACAAAAUGUAACAAUAAUACAGAAUGCUUCUUUGCUGUUGGAGCAUCAGUUUUUGGCAAACAAGACCCAUGCCCAGGUACCAGGAAAUAUUUAACUCUCAAAUAUGACUGCAUAAAUCCUACUAUUCCUACAACUGAAGCACCAGUAACUUCUUCAACAUCAAAUCCCAAUGCUGAACAAAUUGCUUGUGAGAACACCAAUUUAGCAAUAACCUGCCCAUCUGGUACAGUUAUUAAAAUAAAUGACGCUGUGUUCGGCAGAUCUGAUGCAACCACGUGCGGAGGACCCGCUCAAGACACCAACUGUAACUCUAUUAAUUCUCUGUCUGUUGUAGUUACAAAAUGCGAAGGACUAGAAAAUUGCACUGUACCAGCAGACUCAAACGUUUUCGGUGGCGACCCUUGUAGAGGUACUAAAAAAUACCUGUCUGUUAAACAUAGUUGCGUACCAGCAACAAACACAAGAACUGCCAUUGGUUGUGAAGGUACCACUGUUGAUAUAACGUGUCCAUCUGAUACUACCAUUAACAUUAAAAGUGCAAAAUACGGCAGAAGUGAUGCUGCCAUAUGUCCAAAAAAAUCUACCGCUAAUACAAAUUGUGUUUCCGAAAAUUCGUCGUCCGUUGUCCAAACUAAGUGUCAAGGGAAAGUUAGUUGUUCUAUAAAUGUAAACAACGCUGCAUUUGGUGGAGAUCCUUGUGAAUCAAUUUCUAAAUAUCUUACUAUUGAUUAUCAGUGCAAGAGCAAUCAACCAAUUGUCGUGAAAUCUAAAACAGCAUGUCAUGGACAAUCUUUGAAAUUAGAAUGCCCAAGUAAUCAGGAAUUAGUAAUCGUCGAAUCUUUUUAUGGACGAGGUGGAAAGGACUCUGAAGAAUGUCCAUUAAAGAAUGUUCCUACUAAUGAUGAAGAAUGUGAAGAGGAAUGUUCUGCUGACGACGCAAUUCAACUGGUUAGAAACAGGUGUGCCCAUCUUCCUUCCUGCGAGAUUCAAGUACAAAGCUUAUUCUUUGGUAAACCUUGUCCUGGAGGUCAAGAAUAUUUGUCUGUUGAUUAUUACUGCACUGAGGACAAUGACAUGUGCGAUGACUAAUGAUGUACAAAGACAAUUUAUAUUUAUAUUAAAUAUUGAAGUUGGGUGUUAUAAUCGGAAUAAACUAUCGAAUAAAUAA